AUGUUCCGCAUCCGGCCCACGACACUGGUGCGCGCCCAGCGUGCUGUGCUGCAGCAGCCCCAGGCUGUUGUGGCCUGCCGUGCUGCCUCCACGCAAGCCAUCUCCAACCCGACCCUGAUCAACAUUGAGAAGAGGUGGGAGGGCCUCCCGCUGCAGGAGCAGGCCGAGCUCUGGAUGUCCCUGCGCGAUCGCAUGAAGGAGAACUGGAAGGAGCUCACAGUCCAAGAGAAGAAGGCUGCUUACUGGAUUGCAUUCGGUCCCCACGGCCCGCGCGCUCUGCCGCCACCGGGUGAGGGCAAGAAGGUUGCCCUGUACACCGCGAUCGGUGUUGGUGCCAGCUUGCUGCUCUUCUCUGGCAUGCGGCUGUUCGCUGGCCCGGCGCCGCCCACCAUGAACCGGGAGUGGCAGGAGGCUGCCAACGAGAAGCUCAAGGAGCAGAAGUCCGACCCGUUUACCGGCAUUGCUUCCGAGGGCUACGCGGGCAAGGGCCAGAUCCAGUCGCCGCCUGCGAGCAGCUAA